UUUAGAUAUGGGACAAACCCAGCAGGCGACACUUUUCGUUUCGCUCCGCACAAUCCAGAAUAUUUCGUCGACUUGCAAUGCUUUUUGCGGCGUCUCAGACAAAUGGUGGUCAAGACGGGAGCACCGUGACCUCGUUCCUCCUACAGCUGAUGCUCGGUAUCCUUGUCGCCGCGCCUAUAUAUCUUACACGACUGUACAUGAGUGGCGUCCUCCCCACAUACAACCAUGACAACUUCAGGGAGAACUGCGACUGGGGCUGCAAAGAAUACCUGCCUGACCUUCCAGAAGGCUGUCAGUUGAACUUGCUUCUCAUAGGGCAAACUGGACAUGGUAAAAGUGCCUUUGGAAACUACUUAUUGGGUGAUGACCUGCUUCAACCACAACCAGCAACUGGAGGAUUGCUAAGAAGUACAGUUGGUUCGGCAUCUACCAUAGUGGGUAGACGACGUCUAUUGGUUGUGGAAGCGACAGGAGUUGGUAUUCCAUCAGGACCUGACUUUCAUGAAGAUGACUCACUGGAGGAGGCUGUCUCUGUAUCUCCCAUGGGAUACAAUGCUAUAAUCAUAGUCAUAAGUUCCUUUGAAAAGAUCAAUGGACAGAAUAAGGCAGCACUUUUGUACCUUCCUACACUUUUGGUGAACGCUUUUCGAACUUUGCAGUUUUUGUAUUCACGCAUUGUGAUGUAUAUGCAAGUAGAAAUUCCCUCACGGAAUCAACCAGCGCCAAAGAUGUUUCAGCACAUAUUUUGUCUUCACUUGAUCCAGAAAUUAAACAGAUUAUGAAAAUGGCUGGAAACAGAUAUUUUUUCGUGAACAGUAUGGACGGGAAUUUGUUUAACCAACGUCUUUUACUGUUCAGUGUAAUUGAAACCGUAGACACGCUUGUUGACAGGAAUCGGGGCAGUAAUUAUACGAAUGAUGACUUUAAAGCUGCCAGGGAGCCUGUUUAUCGUCAACAAAAACCGUUGGCAAGAGAAGCUAAACCGGCAUCACAAAAGCAGUUCCCAGAAAACCUAAGGCUUCGAGAUAUCAUGUACAUUAUUGCCAUAGCUUUGAUAAUAUUACUGGCGAAACUGAUCUGUGAACGCUCAAAUCAAUGAGCAUGUCAGUCAUUGGAUUGUCUGGUUCAUACUCGAAUAUAUACGAUCGAUCGUCAAAUCGUUUUAAUACUGCUAUAUUUUAGAACUAAUUUACAAAAGUGGAAAUCGAAAUUUUCAAUUUGAUCAGAUAUGUAUGUAUCUUGUGUCUGUGGUGCUGCCUUUAUGUGACCAACACCUCGAAUCCAGAUCAGUAUGUCUUCCAUUCUUCUUUCUAACGCUUGUCUUUAGCGCCGGCUAAAAUUUUGAACCAAUAGUGUGUCAUCGCACUGUCACAGCCUGGAAUAAGCAUCUACUUAAUCACUCUUUUGUCAGACCCAGCAUCUGUCCAACAGUUCGCCAUGAUAAUCUUACAUCCAGGUUUGUAAUUCUAUGCCUUUUUUAUGAUGUCCUUUGUGUCGGGUGCUUUACUGAAUUUCAUGAUAUGAAAAUUGAUUGUUAUGUAUAUAAUAAAAUUUAAUACAAUU